UCAUCAGGGUUACUACAGCACACACACUACUGGCCUGGCAAAAUUAUGAAAAAACAAACAAACAAAGAAACAGAAGCUGGAUGUUGAUAAAAAGGUGACCUUCAUGAUGGAAGACUUUUACUUUCCUGCUGAUUACAAUGAAAACUACAGUGAGAGUUAUGAAGACGGCUGCUGUGGUGAAGGACUUGUGUGUGAUCAGGAGUCUAGCAUGCACUUUGAUUCCAUUUUCAUUCCGGUCCUUUAUUCUCUGGCGCUGGUAGUGGGGCUGGUAGGAAAUGGGCUGGUUCUGGUGGUAAUGUGGAAGAAAAGGGUGAGCUUGAACGUUACAGACAUCUUCAUCCUUCACCUGUGCUUAGCAGACACUCUGCUGCUGCUGACGCUGCCCUUCUGGGCUGUAGAGGCAGUGAAGGGGUGGAUCUUCGGCACGGCGCUCUGCAAACUGAAUGGAGCUCUGUUCAAGAUCAAUUUCUACUGUGGCAUUUUCAUGCUCUCCUGCAUCAGUCUUGACCGCUACCUGUCCAUUGUCCAUGCAGUGCAGACGUUUUCUCGUAAAAAGCCCACGGUGAUUCACUGUUGCUGCCUGAUGGUCUGGCUCUUCUGUCUUCUGCUCUCCAUUCCUGACUGGAUAUUCCUUGAGGCUGUCAAGGACAGCAGAAGUCAGGAUAAAAUGGAAUGUGUUCUGCUUUACACCUCUGAUUCUAAUUCUUGGCAUCUGUACUCUCGUCUGCUCUACCAUAUUUUGGGUUUCGCUCUUCCAGCACUAAUGAUGCUAUUCUGUUACUCUUGCAUCCUCCUGCGGGUGAGACGUGGCUCUCAGGGCAUGCAGAAGAAGAGGGCCAUCCGUGUCAUCGUAGCCCUCGUACUGGCCUUCUUCAUCAGCUGGACGCCCUAUAACAUCACCCUCAUCAUUGACACCAUAAAAAACAACGAGAUUUUCAGUUCCAGUAACCAAACAUUCUGUCACAGCACCACAGCAUUGGAUUUAGCUCUUACAAUUACUUCCACAUUAGGCUACUUACACUGCUGUGUCACACCAGUGCUUUACGGUUUAGUGGGGGUGAAGUUCAUCUAACUGUCGGUAACUAUAACGAUAAAUGGUUUUAAUAAUUCUUUUAAUUCUAAAAAAAAUGGGGAAGUCCAUACCACAAUGAAAAUGACAGAGGAACUUUAUAGUUGAAAUCACUUUCAGAAUGACUUUUUUCAGCUAAAGAAUGAUAAAAACACUGACAACCAAUUAGAAUCCAAC